AUGCUAUCAGCUUCUACUCGUUCUAUCAUCAAGGCCACUAUCCCAGUCUUGGAACAACAUGGCGUGGAAAUCACAAAGAAUUUCUACAAAAAUAUGUUAUCUGAAAACCCAAAAUUGCUCGAUAUUUUUAACAAAAGAAAUCAGAUGACUGGUGCGCAACCAACUGCCUUAGCCAUGACCGUUUUGGCAGCCGCUAAGCACAUAGAUGAUUUAACCGUUUUAUUACCUCAAGUGACUCAAAUCGGUUAUAAACACAGAGCUUUACAGGUUCAACCAGAACAUUAUCCAAUUGUAGGUAAGUAUUUAAUAAGAUCUAUAAAGGAAAUAGUCAACCCACCACAAGAAAUCUUAACUGCUUGGAAAGAAGCGUACCAGGUUAUUGCUGACAUAUUCAUUGGUGUAGAAAAGGAUAUGUAUGCAAAAGAAUUGUGGAAGGGCUGGGAAAAAUUUACAAUAAUAAAUAAAUUAUCAACCAAUAAAAGUGGUUCUAUUGUUGAGUUUGUUGUCAAACCGUUAAGUUCCAAAGUAUUCGGCAAUAACGGAAAAUCUUCUAAGAUUUUUGAACCUGGGCAAUAUAUUACAGUUAGAACUAAGCCACCUACUGGAAAUGAUGGUCACUAUGCUUUACGUCAUUAUUCCAUUUGUGAUAUUGAGACACCUGGUGUUUUCAAAUUUGCUGUUAAAUUAGCUGACAAAGGGCUGGUCUCUCAUUAUUUAAUUGAUGAUGUUAAUGUUGGUGAUGAAAUCGAAUUGAGUGCACCCUCUGGUGAUUUCAGCUUAGAUCAUUCCCUGUUAAACAAGGAUGAAUAUCCGUUAAUUUUCAUGUCUUCUGGUUCUGGAGCAACUCCGUUGAUAUCAAUGUUACAAGAACAGGUGAUGAAGGGUAGUCCAACAAGACCAAUUGUCUGGAUUCAAACUAAUAAAAGUGAAUUAGAACAACCGUUCGCAGAAACAAUUGAACGUGAAUUGAGCAAACUAAAAAACUCUGAAAAUAUUCAAAUUUACACAAACCAAAACAUGGGACGUAUUGAUGCAAAGUUUUUAGAAGAAAAAAAUAUUGUAAGAAGUAAAGCAGACAUAUAUAUUUGUGGAUCACUUUCAUUCAUGAAUGAUAUAAUUGGUUUGUUGGAAGCUGAAAAGGAAACACAUGACUAUCAUAGAUUACACUAUGAACCAUUUGGUCCUAAAAUGAGCAUUGCUUAG